CGUCCCCCCAACAUUGUUGUUUACCAUCCCGUAACAUAUUUCAUGAACCGACAGUUAUGAUGUUACCGUUCGCGAAGCCGGUUCAUAAACUCAAGUUCAGGGCGUAAAAUCUCAUUAACGUUCCGUACUCGUUCGGUGACUGGUGUGCUUCCACCGAUGCUGCUGGGUAAAUCUGGAUCCGAUUCGGAUUAGGAACGCGCGGGACACUUAUUGGAACUUGGUGAAGUGAUUUGUUAAAGUUUUCGAAUUCUUGGAAACGGGGCCGACAACUGUAACUGAAACGCAUAAUUCUGUAGAAGUGGAUUCCAGCUGUUGAGGAUAGACAGGAGAGUGAUGAUGGUGAUACUACUUUCUCCGUAGUCAUCUGUACGUCUUGCACUGUGGCCGGAGUGAAGUGAAGUGAAUAUUUGCAUUUUGUCUUAGAAAUGAUUAAAAAAGUGUGACGGUGCAGAAAUUGAAAGAAAAUUGCCUUCAUAAGCCGAGGAUGAGUUUUCGCGCUAGAGACGAGGCGAAAACGAAAACUUAAAGAGGACGUAUCGUUUUCAGUGUCCACCCGCGUUCGGCUUGGGUUGCGUUUACUGUGGAUGAAGAAAAACACUUCGAAAACGAUACAACGUCAACGCCGUGAGCUGAAUUACGAAACUUGAGCAGUGUUACUUUACCGUGUGCCAUCAUCCAACGAGAAAUACGUAUGGAAAUUUGUUAUCAGUUUCUCGAGCAUGCAUAUAGCCUAAACAUAUAAAGUGGUAGCAGAAAAAAAGUAAAGCAGGCAAAUUCAAUCAAGUAAUCGUACCGGCCUAAGAUAGCGAGUGUGUUCCAAGAAGCUAAGAAAGCAGUGAUUUCGCAUUCGAGGCGCAGCUGUGAAUAUGCAAAAGAAACCCUCGCUGCUAAGCUAUCAGUGAGUGUGCGUUCGGAUUAUUCUCAGCUUCCAGAGUUAAUCAGUGCCGAUGCCGAGAUUGAGUUGAUUGAAAACACCGAAAUCGCUUGUCUGCCGCGGAAAAGAACCACGCCGGAAGCGGAAGAACACGUCGGAUGUAUGGUUAUCAUCAAGGAUGACCCAAAAAAUGGAUAAAUUAUGUUACAUAUCCUCGAACCGAACAGAGCACGGCAAGAUAAACACGCACAACCUAAAAGCUCCGGUCUGAAGUAAGGUUCUUUCGGCGCACCUUUCACUACCGCUUCAAGCUCACCACCUAACCUGUGUCGUCGUGGCGUGGCGGCACACCUGGGUCAACAAACUGAAGCAGAUAUAACUCCUUUCCUGUUCACCGAGGAUCCCGACCAAGGACCAAGUGGGUGUAGGUGGGUGGGCGCGCUCGAAGCUGUUUCCAUCAAAUUGCUACCGGGCAGAUAUCUUAACUGGUUCUUCAGAUGCUAAAACAACUGUCGGCUCGUCGUCGGAGGUCUUCAAUACUGAACGGAAACACACCCCCUCGUUCGCUCUCGUGCUCGCUUGGCGCCCAACGCCGCGUUGACAGCCAUCUGGAGGACAUCUGGGAAAUGUUGCCCCGUCACCUGUCGUGCUGCUGUUGCUGACUAUUGACCACUCCUUGCGAUCGAAUGGGAACGGUGGAAGUACUUACUUAGUCAGUAGAAUCGAUGACAACAGGCUGGGCGAAAGGAAGUUCAGUUUGGUGCAGUGUUUGAAAGUGGGAUGAAUGUUUAAAUGGGGAGACUUGUUAGUGGUUAGAGGCGUGAUAAUUGAGUCUUUUUAUCGAGCGUGAAGAGAAACGGAUGCAACAACAUGGAUAUUAAUCUAACGUACUUUCUGACUACGGGUGGUUUGUUCGGUGAGAAUACGUCGAUGAGUGAGGUGGGGCUGGAUGCCAUGAAUGAUACAGGAGGGAUGCCUCGUGGCAACUUUAGCUGUCCGUCGACGGAUAUGCCCACCACGUACACUGUGUUCAUGAUACUGUAUGCCGUCGUGUGUCUGGUCGGUGUCAUGGGCAAUACGCUGGUAAUCUAUGUGGUGUUACGGUUUUCCAACAUGCAGACGGUGACCAACAUGUACAUUCUGAAUCUGGCGAUUGCGGACGAGUGCUUCCUGAUCGGUAUUCCGUUCCUGAUAGCAACGAUGCACAUGAAGCGUUGGGUCUUUGGAGGAGCCAUGUGCAAAGCCUACAUGGUUAGCACGUCGAUUACGCAGUUCACCUCUUCAAUAUUUCUGUUCAUCAUGUCGGCCGACCGCUAUAUAGCUAUUUGUCACCAUAUCUCAUCGCCCAAGUACCGGACGCCGCUGGUCUCACGCGUGGUCUCAGCACUAGCAUGGCUUGCCUCGGCUCUAAUCAUGUUGCCAAUCAUGAUAUACGGCGACAUCAUCCAGCUGCAACCCAACAGCUACUCGUGUCAAAUCGUGUGGCCAGAAUCGCACGAACAUAUGCCAGGGUACACGUUCACACUGUACUCGCUCAUCCUGGGAUUUGUUGUGCCACUAUGCUUUAUAAUGACAUUUUACUGUCUCGUGAUUCGCAAGCUUCGUAACGUAGGCCCCAAAACGACCAACAAAUCACGCGGAAAGCGGCGUUCCCAUCGGAAGGUAACGAAACUAGUGCUAACCGUAAUCACCGUGUAUAUCCUUUGUUGGCUGCCGUACUGGAUUUCGCAGGUAGCUUUAAUUACUUCCCCGGACGGGUCCUGCAGUACUCGGCUCGAUAUCAUUCUCUUCCUCCUGGUUGGUUGCCUAGGCUACAUCAAUUCGGCUAUCAACCCCAUUCUCUACGCGUACCUUAGUGAGAACUUUAAGAAAAGUUUCCUCAAAGCCUGCACCUGUGCCGCCCGGGCCGAGGUAAAUGCCCAAUUAAAAUUAGAAAACAGCGUCAUGCCGAAGCGGUCCCGGACGAGGACCAACUCCGACACAACACAACUGACCACAUCGAAAGUGCAGCAUCGGCUGUUGAUCGACCCGACCACGACGGCCACCACGACAACGACCGCUGCAUCGACCGUGUCCUCACGGAAUCCCAGCCCACCGGUGGUUCAAAGGAGCUUAGUGACCAAUAACAAUAACAACAACCACCACCCCAGCAGUGGGAACAAUGCGAAAAACUGCAACAACGACCGAACAGCGACCGACGGGACUAAUCGAACGGCAUCGAAUGCCGCCUCCAACGGCCACAAUAGUGUAGGUGAAUUAGUGCAAUUGUCUUAAAUAUAUAAAAA